AUGGUCCACGAACCGACGCGGAAACGAAUCCUUCUCGUUCGCCACGCUCAGGCCGAGCACAAUGUCGCCAGCGACUGGGAGAUCCCCGACGCGCCCCUCACCAAGGUCGGACGACGACAGGCUGGCAACCUGCAUGCAGCAACCCGCACAGGACUGCAGGCGACCGCUGAACUUCUGGUCACUUCACCGAUGCGUCGCGCGCUUGAAACCACGCUAGUUGGCCUCCCCAACCUGAAGGAGCGCCUCGAAGCUCAAGGCAAACCGACCAUUGUCCUCGACCUUGCCCAGGAGGUCGGCGAUGAGCCGUGUGACGUACCGCUUCACCCGGUCGAGGCGCUUGCUGCCUCCAACGACGGCAUGUUCCAGCGUGCCGGGCUCGACUUCAGCACGCUGUCGCCCGACUAUGCAUCCAAGAAGGGCAUCUUUGACCCUGACAACACCGAAGAGCGUGCGCGCCAGCUGCGCCAGUGGCUCCGUGCCCGCCCCGAGCGUGAGAUUGUUCUCGUCGCCCAUGGUGACAUCCUGCGCUACCUCGUCGACGGUUACCACUCGUCACGGCGGUGGGAGCACUGCGCCGUGCUCCUGACGACGUUCGAGACGAACGAGCACGACUGGGACGCGCGCCUCGUCGAGGUCGGUCCCCGCGGCAUUGUCGAGCCGACGCGCCGCCCGAACCACGUCUUCUGGUCCGACAUUGUCGAGCGCAUCGCGACGCCGACGAUCGAGGCUCCGAAAAUACUCUCCUGCUGA